AUGAGAGGCACAAACCAGUCGAGUGUCUCCGAGUUUGUCCUCCUGGGAUUCUCCACUCAGCCCCAGCAGCAGCGGGUCCUCUUCCUUCUCUUCCUGAGCAUGUACCUGGCCACGGUCCUGGGAAACCUGCUGCUCAUCCUGGCUGUCAGCACUGACUCCCGCCUGCACACCCCCAUGUACUUCUUCCUCGGCAACCUGUCCUUCGUGGACGUCUGCUUCUCCUCCACCACCACCCCCAAGAUGCUGGCCAAUCAUGUGCUUGGGAUCCAGACCAUCUCCUUCUCUGGAUGCCUCACUCAGAUGUAUUUUCUCUUUGUGUUUGCUGACAUGGACAAUUUCCUCCUGGCUGUGAUGGCCUAUGACCGCUUUGUGGCCGUGUGCCACCCCUUACAUUACACCAUAAAGAUGACCCGUCAGCUCUGUGCCCAGCUGGUCGUUGGGUCGUGGGGCGUGGCCAGCCUAAAUGCUCUGUUGCACACCCUGCUGAUGGCUCGACUGUUAUUCUGUGCAGACAACGCCAUCCCCAACUUCUUCUGUGAUGUGACUCCUCUCCUGAAACUCUCUUGCUCGGACACACAUCUCAAUGAGAUGAUGAUUCUUAUUGCAGCAGGGCCUAUAAUGAUCACUCCUUUUAUUUGCAUCUUGGUGUCAUAUGUCCUUAUUGGUUGUGCUGUCUUGAGAGUCCCAUCUACAAAAGGAAUAUGGAAAGCCUUCUCCACCUGUGGCUCCCACCUUGCUGUUGUGUUCCUCUUCUAUGGCACCAUCAUUGCUGUGUAUUUAAACCCUUUGUCCUCUCACUCAGCUGAGAAAGACACUGUAGCUACCAUGUUGUAUACAGUGGUGACGCCCAUGCUAAACCCUUUCAUCUACAGUCUGAGGAACAGGGAUUUGAAAAGGGCUCUGGGAAAGGUGAUUGGCAGGAAGACAUGCUCUUACUUGUGUUAA